GGCCUGGUUUGGCCAGCCGAGCCCAAAGGAGGACAAUGCCAUCUUCGUAACGUUCACACUAGCUUCCUCGUCCUCUUCUUCGCAUCAUGUGGCCCACAUCUCCAUAGCCAUGGCAGAGCGCGCCCGGAAAGUACACGGCGGCUGCAGCGCGAUGGCCGGCCUGGAGCUGCUCUUCUCCUCGGUUGCGCCGGACCUUUCCUGCCCGCAGGACGCCCUGGUCUGCUACCUGCACUGGAAGCUCAUCACCCAUGGCUACCGCUGCCUGGGCGCUGGAGACCAGCCAGGUGCCAGCGAGAGGAAGUCGGAGAUGUUGCCUCCCGGGUGGAACGCAGACAAGGAGCUCUACACCCUGCGCUACCGGGCAAAGGACGACUCCCGCGACCUGCUCCUGAAGGGCAUCAUGGUGGACGGCAGCAUCAUCCUCAACGUCAUGGAGCCCAAAUCCCAGAAAGUGGCGGAUUUGACCCUGAAAGUGACUGACUACAUCAACCCGGAACACCUGGCUGAUUUUGACAAAGUCUACCAGAACACAGAGGAGCUGCAGGCGCAGAUCCUCCACCACAUCGUCUCCCCCUUUGAGACAGCGGCCAAAGACCCCGCCAUCCCCAAGAAGGAGCCCAAGAGGGAGAGGAACCCCUCUCCGCCCAACCCUCCAGACCACGACCCGCUGUGGAUCCCACCCCGGCAUCCCCAUGGCGGCCGGCAGCCCAACUGGCAAGACCCCAUGGGACCAUUUGCUGUUGGAGGAGAAGACCUGGACCCCUUUGGGGGCCGAAGCGGGGGAAUGAUCUUCGAUCCGCUUCGAUCGGGAUAUCGGAAUCCUGUGAUAGAUCCAUCUUCAGGACUUCCAAACAGACUGCCUCCUGGAUCCGUUCCCCCUGGUGCCAGAUUUGACCCCUUUGGGCCCCCAGGAGCUAACCGAAGUGGGCCGAAUCCGGACCACCUUCCACCUCCCAACUACGAUGACAUGUUCAUGUGAGAGAAGCCAGAUGCCUCCGUGCCACCCACUCUACUGUUUCUACUGAUGAGGGACAUUCCUCUUUCCCCUCAAUAAUUUGGGGUGUCUGCUUUGAUGGACUUCUUGGGCAGCACUUUCUUUUCCUAGCUCUGGCUGUUUGUGUGGAUUGGAUUUCUCAUCCCAUGAAGAGGAGAUCAGUGCCGCCACCUUCUUUCUCCCCUUUGUGCUGCCUACUUUGCCCCAACGACACAUCCUCUUUGGAUGCUGUACAUUGGCACUUUGGAACUUUAACCCUUGCUAAAGAUGACUGCUAAUCCCU